AUGAAAAUCAAGAAACGUCCCAUAGUGAUGAAUAAGAAAACAAGUGGAUGCGACAAACAACAACGAAAACGUUCAUUAAAACAUGUGAAUUUUAUCAAAAAAUUUAAAAAACGUCGACAUCUUUCCACUCAUAUUAUUUCAUCAUGGACGAAAAGAAAAUCAAAACGAAGAUCUUCAUUAAAUAAUGUCAUUACUAAAAAGAACAACAGUAAUGGUAAUAGUCGAACGUCUCGUAGAUCUUCAUAUCAUCGUUAUAUAUUUCCAAGUGAAAUAAAUUUACCAAAUUGGGAACGAAUCUCACCCAAUAUAGAUAAAAUUCUAUCAGAUGAACAUACAAAAUCAGGUGUUUACGCACAUGAAAUUCAUCUUAUUCAACAGGAACUCGAAGCUCUGUUGUCCAUGUCUCUUGUACGUGAAAAUCUUCUUCAGUCAACCAACAUCGAUAAUAGAAAUUCAAGAAUUCAACAACACCAACAAGCUGAAUAUAUUUAUUCGUCGAAAAACAUUCCAAACAAACCGUUAAUCAAUCAUCAACAACGAAAUAAUUCUCCACAUGUGUUACACGAUCGACAACUAUCGAUAACACCAAUAGCCGAUGCACGUAUUGAUACAAUGUGGUCAGAUAUUGAUUCAUAUUAUCGUGAAAUAUCAUCCAAUGAUAUAUCAUCAAUAAAAACUUUGGUCUAUUCGAACCAGAAAUUAAAAGAAAAAAUAGUCAAAUGUAAAAAUGAUUAUAUAACUCAUAAAUUACCCAAAUCAAGUAUAGCCGAACAGUUAAAUAGAGAAACCUAUCCAGACUUAUUAAAUACUAGUCAAAUCAAUCCCUUAAUUACGCAGUAUACAAAUCAAACAAUAAUAGAACGAGUUCAAACAAAAUUAUAUGAGUAUGCGUCAUCUGUUCGCCAAACACCUAAAUCACGUUCAUCGAAUGGCAGGUCAUCAUUGCGAAGUUCAUCACGUUUGCAAACAGAUCAUCGAAAAGGCCGUUUUCCUAUACAAAAUCUCAAAAGCGAUUCAAAUGACGUUCAAUCGUCGAUUAUCAAAGGCAAAAAUAACGUUAAAACUUUACCGAACAGUUCAACCUUAUCGAAAAAACUUCAAAAUCGUAUUCAAUUGGUUCACGAUUAUUUAACUGAUCAGCAUCCGUUGAGUAUUGAAAAUAAAAAACACAAAUCUUCGAAAAGAAUUAAAAAUGGCCAUUGCAAAGAUAUGUUUGAAUCGAAACUUUCAACAUUAGCAUCAUUGUUACAAGAAUGUUCAUCGUUAAGUUCAUGUGCGCUUGAACGAGCACAUCUACAAUCGAAUAAUGAAAAAACAUGGGGAAAAUUGAAUGGAAUUCAGCAGGAUCUUGAAUCGUUGAUACAAAAAAUCGAGAUGACCGGUGAUUACAAUAAUAAUAUCAGUACAAAGAAAACAUUACGAACUCUAGAUCAUUUACUGAAGAAUUGGAAGAAAUGUGAAGAUGAUUUCGAUCAUCAAUUUGAACAGUUAUUUAGUAAUUAUGUUUAA